CAAUUGAAUAAAGUUAAAUAAAGACUGAUAAUAAGGAACCCUAGAAACACAGCAUGUAUCCACAGAUAGUCUAAUUAAAGGUUGUCAUUGAAGAGGAAUAUCCGGAACGCCCUAUCUUUGCAUGUUCCACUUCGGACUGUUUUUUUGGUGGAACUCUUUAGAGGGCGCUUGUUAUGAAAGUCCAGUUCAGCGCAUUUAAAAGUAAUCACAUCUGUCUGCUUUAAUGGAGUUUACGAAAUUUUUUAUGUGUUUCUCAGAAGACCAGGCCACUUAUAUUGAUUCAUCAGACUCACAAAACACGCUUUCCCGUUUCAAUGGCAGUUAGACGGGCUCUGCUGGACUGUGCUGUGUUAAGUGUUCAAGAAGGAAGUGUUGUUUAUCCAUUCUGCAACAACUGCUACUCAAGGAUAGACGUACAACUACAGGACUACAAAAUGUAAAUUGGCAGUGAAUAAUUAAACAUGUGUUCUUAUUUUACGUAAUUUAAACCGCCACCCAUAUCGUAUGCGUUUAGAAAAAUAUAAAUUGUCUAUGAUUGAAUGUAUUUAAAACACAUAUUUGACACAUUUUUUAUUUUCAAAUGAUGAUACUUUCAGAACCAUCAGCAUGCCAAUACAGUAGAGUAGACGGUAGACCAAUACAAUGAGGCCAUGUUGUCUAUUAAGUCUCACUUCUCCGUCUCACAGAUGUGCAUGCUCCAAGUGUGGCUAUAAUUGUCCAAAAGCCCAGGUGGGCUACAGAUACCGUCUCUCUUUGAAAGUCGCUAGGCAGACGUCUAUAUUUGGGGUUACUGUGUUUGGAACAUGUCUGGACCCAUUCUUUGGUAUUCACGCCAGCGGCCUGCAAAGGUUGAUGGAAGAAGAACCGGUUGAAGCAGCAACUAGAGCAACGCUACUUAAGCAGGCGGUCGAGGACUGCUUCAUUGGCAGACAUUUAACUUUUGGGAUAAAGGUAAAAGACACAGAUCAUGGCCCAUGGUUCGAUGGCUCCAGUGGUGUGACAGUGGGGACAACUGCGGGCCCUGCCCAGUUCAUUGCCACCCAGAUCCACCUAACUCCGGCGGGUGGGGGGGAAGGGUGCUCCGUGCUGCGCUACUACCAUGCCCUGCAGCAGAGGGCCGGGGCCCUACAGCCGAGGGCCGGGGCCCUGCAGCAGAGGGCCGGGGCCCUGCAGCCGAGGGCCGGGGCCCUGCGCUCCCCUGGCUCUAGUGAGGCCUUCAAACCGGCCGCUCCUCUUGUGCUACCUCUUAAGUCUCCUGGCAGGGCAGGCUUGAGCACCCCGCCACCCUCCCCUCUCCUCUCCUGCUCCCUGUCCAGCCCCGACUCUCCUUGGCAACGGUCGAUAGGGGUGGUGACCUCUUCAGCGGAACAGGACACUCAGCAGGAUGAAGGCGACGAGCACGACGGCAGACCGCUACACCACCACCACCGACGAGCCAAUGAGACAGGGUCGGCAGGGUCCCAGAGAGCACCAGCCACCGCUCUUCACUCAAGCAAUAAGAGACGCUUUAGUAUCAACCAUUCCUUCAAAUGCACCCUGUGGUCACCGUCUGCUGCAGAGGUUCCUAGCAUCGCCCCCAUCCCGCCCACCUGUCCAAGACCCCUCCCCUACCGUGGCUCCCCGCCAGAGAACCAGCCAGUUGAUGUGCUUGAAUGUGAUCCCCAGGCAUGGGAGGACGAUAUGGCCUACUCAGAGAGCCUGGAGGCGUUCAUUGUGUGUCAGGAAAACUGGUCUGAAAGCAGAACUGCCAGUACUGAUCGUGACAGAAAUAGUCACGGUUCCGCCCGCCAUUCCAGCAGGAUGACGCUCGCUGAUGUCAGCAAAACGUGCGCUCCAAGCUGUGCAUGUGACGCCAUGCACAAGUCAGCCAGGCUAGUGAACAAGGUGGUGGGCAUGAAAGAAACUCCGAUGUGUGGUGGAUGUUCUCCUCCUGUGAGUUUUGACCCAAUGGGAUGCCAGGGAUUAUGUGUGGAUGGCCCGGCACAAGCGUGUGAUGGAGACAUUACUGAUGAUAUAUACAACUGCUCUGCAGACCUGUUCAGUGACCCCAUGGCCUUGGUCACCUUGGCAACGGAGACGCUCGGCCAGAAAGUGGGAGGACCUGCCAACGGACAAAUUAUCGUCACACACUCUGACUCCCAGACGCUCAACACAGACGAAAAUAUGUCUAGCCCUGAAAGUACCGCUCGAUCUGACCAAAAUCUGGAGUCCAAGACGCUGCCAGCGCACCAUUAUUUAUUCAGAUCCAAUAAACAUGGAGUAGGUUGCAGCAGGUAUCGGGCCAGUGACUCCAACAAAUUUCCACCACUACGGAAUCAAACCACAUUAGGUAGCAUCAUCCAUGGAAGCGAACCUGUUCCGCUGGACUUUAUCCCCCCCUCGCAGUCCACGCCCUUAAGGAUCCAUGUUCAUACAGGGUCUGGAUCUGCUGCUGUACACCAGACCAGUGCAGGGUCUAGACGGCUGGGCUGCUUAAAGCCAGACAGGCAGCCCCCUUUCCUCCCUCGCAUUAUCAUUACCACACCUCCACCAACUGGGUGUAGCGUAUCAAACCGCUUCACCGCCAGCCACAGCAGAACCCAGCCAUUUCUGGGGCUGCACCCUGUUACCAGUAAGACGCCCACGAAAAGGAACCACAACCUCAACCUGAUAUCACGCAGAAGGUUGAGGAAUCUGAACAGAGCUAACCACAAUCUGACUAGCAGGCAGAUCCUGAAUCUUCAAUGCCAUGCAGCUUUGGGUCUAAAGUGUUUCAAAGACGUGUCCAUCUCGGUUUUGUGCGUCGACAAUGACGAUGACAUGGUUGUGACUCCCUUAAUUGGUGAAAUGUCCUUUCCUGUGAGUGCCGGACAGGGAGAGAAUGCUGACGGCUGUAUCAGACAGACUCCAUCAUUGGAGAUAUCUGGAACACAGACAAACGCUGUGGAGUCUCAGACCUGGGGGAGGUCAGCUGAAGGUAUGAGGAAGGAUGGAAGCUUACAUCACUUUCUUUUUAAUGAGGACCAGGAGUUUGAUUUGUCCGGAGAUUUGUUUGCGGACUCAUUCCAUUAGGAAGACAUUUAUGAACAGAUAUGUGGUGGAAAGAUUUGUUGCUUACUUGCUUGUCACCAAUUAUUAUUCUUAUUAGCAUUUAAUGAAAUUUGAUGAUUAUCCUCCGCCGUGUUGUCUAUGGACAUGUAAUACCACAACCCUUGUUGAACAUAUCAAUGUCUAAAAUUGUUUAAAAACGUUUUAUGAGCUGUUAUCCAAACUAGAGUUUCCGACUCUAGUUGUAAUUAAACCCAUAUAGCUAUAAUGUGGAAAGCCCAGUCGAUAAUGUACACAUUUCUGAGCGCAUAAUAUCAAAAAACGUUAAAUUCAAACAUCGCGCCGACCUGCAUAUCAAGACACAAGUGACAUGAUCUUAAAGAGUCAGUGUCCCUAUAACAAAA